AUGUCGAUACCGCUUACUACAACCUUCGAACCGCCGUCGCAAUGUACACAGGACACUUGGUGGAUAGGAAGUUAUGAGCUGCUCGGUGGGACAGGCUACAGCUCCUGUCUUCCGACUUCGUACACACCAACAUCUUCAUUCUAUUACUCCCCGGGGCUAUAUUGCCCAGAGGGAUACUCGACGGCUUGCAGCUCGAGCGAGGACUCUGAGACCAUCGUGACUUGCUGCCCCACAGGAUACUCGUGCGGGACUGCACCUUUCGCUUGGUCCUGGGAAUCAACCCUAGGAUGUACCUCUGCGGCGUCUUCGUCAUACCUGCAUACACUUGUGGUGGCUACAGGAACUCAGGUCAAUCAAGAGGGGCCGGGAGGAGGAGCCAAUGCAUAUAGCGUUCAGAUCAGAUUCCAGGCUUCUGACCUAAUCACGUCCACAUCUUCAUCAAGCUCAAGCUCAAGCUCAAGCUCAAGCUCAAGCUUAAGCAGCUCGCCCUCUACUUCUACUCCUACUGCCAACACUGCUACCAUCACGACCAUUUCAAGCUCGACAUCGUCCCCUACUGCCACAAACUCCCCACCACAUGACUCUGGCUUAUCUACCGGAGCAAAAGCAGGGAUCGCCGUCGGUGCCGUCCUUGGUGUAGCCCUAAUCGCAGCUAUCAUGUACCUGGCUUGGGCAAUCGGGAAGAGAGGGAACAACCAAAACAAUCAACAACAUACUAGUGGCUAUCAUCCCCCUUGGUCAAAGACGCCUCACACGGUGUACGGCAGCGCCGCUCAAGACCCGGGCAUACAUGUAGGAGGACAACCGCGGUACGAAUUAGGCCAUGGUCAGCACGCACCGUAUGAAUUACCUGAGCGUAUUUGA